AUGGCGAAACUCCAUGUCCAGGAGCGAAUCUCUGACUGGGUCUCUCCUCCAGGGCUGAGUCUGGACCAGAGGAUCCACACGCAGGCAGGGACCCUCCCCAAACCCACCAUCUGGGCUGAGCCAGGCUCUGUGGUCCCCUCGGGGAGCUCCGUGACCCUCUGGUGUCGGGGGACCACAAAGGCCCAGGAGUACUGUCUGUAUACAGAUGACAUGCGUACGUGCUUGGACAGACAGACACCGCUGGAGCCUGGGGAUAGUGCCAAGUUCUUAAAGAGAAGUUAUACAGAGAAAUAUUCCUGUGCCUACCUCAGCCCCACUGGCUGGUCAGAGCGCAGUGACCCCCUGGAGCUGGUGGUGACAGGAUCCUACAGCAAACCCAGCCUCUCAGCCCUGCCCAGCCCUGUCCUGACCUCAGGGGGGAACGUGACCCUCCAGUGUGGCUCAGGGCAGGGAUUUGACAGGUUCAUUCUGACUAAGGAAGGAGAACACAGGCUCUCCUGGUCCCUCAACUCAAAAAAAAUCACCAGUGGGAAGUCUCAGGCCCUGUUCGUUCUGGGUCCUUUGACCCUGAACCACAGUGGAACAUUCAGAUGCUAUGGCUAUUAUAAUGGAACCCCCAACGAGUGGUCUGACCCAAGUGACCCCCUGGACCUCCAGUUCUCAGGUGAGGAGCCCCUGACCCCAACUUUUUAA